AUUUAUAGAUAUAGAUAUAGUUAAUACUUGUACUCAUACAUAUGGGUAUAUCGUAUAAAUAUAUAGAUAUAUCACAUCACCAAUGGAAUUAAUAGUGUGUUGUAAAUGUAGGCGAAAUGAAAAAACUUUAUUUAUCACCUAUCGCAACGGAACAACACAGUUUAGAAGUAGAGAGGUUAACCCAAGAUAAUCAAGCUUUACAUGCUCGUCUUCGUGAUGUUGCUCAUUCUCCAUUAUCAGAUUCUGAAAAACAACAAUUAUUGCUGGACGCUUCCAGAUUACAUAGCUCAACUUCUAUUUCUAUUUCAAUGGCUCAUAACGAUAUCGGUGCAUCAACAACAAAUACUACAUCUGAUGAACCAAGAUGUAUCACUCCUGAAUGGGAUAAACAUUCUUCUAGUUCCUUUUCUGAAAUAUCUGUUGCUUGUCUUCAAGAUAGAAUCCUCCAAAUGGAAGAAACUCAUUAUUCAACCAAUGAAGAGUUACAAGCAACUAUACAGGAAUUGAGUGAUUUACAAGCUCAACUGACAGAGCUUCAAACUGACAACGAAAGACUUACCGAGGAAAAGGGAGUACUUCUUGAAUCCCUUUGUAGGCAAACAGAAAAAUUAGAAGAUUCGCGAUCAAAAGUUAAUACUCUUCAAGGCCUUUUGUUAAAAGAAGAAAAGUUGCAAGAUUCUUCAAAAGGUUACAACACUGAGAGAGAACAAAAACUUGUGGAUUUAUUGAAGAGCGCACAAGAAGAGCGAGAAUCUUUGCUUUGUAAACAGGAAGAGCUAACUUCAGAAUUGAAAAGCUUACGGGCAUCUGCUGAAACAAAUUCAAAUGAAUUAGAACGCUUGGUAAAACAUGUUCACCACCUUGAGUUAAUUGUUGACUCAGAUAAUUUAGAAAGAAAGCAGUUGAGUUCAGAAUUGACUGAAGUUAAACAAGAAAGUGCAAAUAAAAGUCUCGAAAUCAAUCGAGUUGUAACUUUAUUAGAAAAUGCUCGUGCCAAAGUUGAAGAAUUAAAAGUUUCGAAACAACUUGAAACAACAAGUGAAGCCGAUGAACUUCUUAAUACUGUAAGACGAGAAAAAGACACUCUCGAAACACAAGCUGCUGCCUUACAAGAACAAUUGGCUCGUUCACAUUGUGAUCAUGACAGAUUAAAAGAUCAAUAUUCACAAUUACAAGAAGAAUUCAAAGUUACCCGUAACAACGCUAAAUCAUCCAUAGACGAUUUAGAAUAUCGCUUGAGCCAAUUAAAUGAUGAACGAAUAUCAGUCAAUACGGAAUUACAACUAGUUCGAGACUCAUUAUCUGAGUUGCAAAAUCAAUGUCAACGACAUUUAGAAGAUAAACGAGAGCUUAAAGUUUUAUUGAGUGAAGCUCAACGACGAGAACGCGAUGCACAACAUCACUAUUAUGAUUUAGAACAAGCACUUAAUAAUGAACGAAAAUUACGGCAAGAAAAAAAUGCUGAGUGGGAACAAUUUCAAAAUGAUUUAUUAAUGACGGUUCGUGUUGCAAAUGAUUUUAAAACAGAAGCGCAAUCUGAACUUGAACGUGUUCUUAUGGAAAACAGAACACUACGGGAAAAAUUGAGAUUACUUGAAGCUCAACUAGAAAAACUUAGUAAUGUAAAUCAGAAAAAUGUUUCACUGGCGUUACGACAAACUUUGCCCCCUACCGAAACUCAACAAAAUGUAUUGACUGAGGUUAAACAAGAAGUAGUAGCUCGUCGGAAAUCUAAUCUCUCACGGCAAGAUUCUAGACUAUCUGUAAAAUGUUUGAUUGAAAGUAUUGAAAACGCUACUAAGCAAGCAAAAUCUGGACCAGGUAGUCAAAGUAGCUCUACAUCUUCUUUAAAUUCUAUUGGAGCUAAUGAUUUAUUGAACCUAAAAUCUUCAUUACGUGAUCAGCAACAAAUUAGUAACAUUAUCAGUGCUACAAAUUCACCGAAUUUAAUUAAAAUUCAUAAUUUUGAUAAUAAGAAAUUAACAUUUUCAGAACCAUCGAAAUCUACACUUAUAAAUUUAAAUUCAAAAGAACUGUUGGAUUCUGCAACGUUGAAUGUAAAUACUAUUGAUUUUGUCCGACGAAACAGUAUAACAGAUCUUACUGGUAAAAAUCCUUUAUGUGGAUUGGUUAAAAAUGGUGGUUCUAAGAGAAAUGCAUUACUUAAAUGGUGUCAAAAUAAAACAAUAGGUUAUCGAAACAUCGAUAUUACGAAUUUCAGUAGUUCCUGGAAUGAUGGUCUUGCACUUUGUGCUAUUCUCCAUUCAUAUCUACCCGACAAAAUACCUUAUGAUUCUUUAAAUCCAUCUGAUAAGAAGAAAAAUUUUUAUUUAGCAUUUUCAGCAGCUGAAAGCGUAGGAAUCCCAACGACAUUAAAUAUUAGUGAUAUGUGUCAAUUAGAGCGCCCAGAAUGGCAGCAAGUUAUGACGUACGUUACAAGUAUUUAUAAGCAUUUUGAAACUUGAAUCACAAAAAACAGAUCUUUAAAUCCGGAAAAAAUGAUGACAUCUAGUCAAAUUUAUUAUAAAAUCAAUCACUGAAACAAAUAAAUUCAUCAAAGUUGUUCGAUGAAGAUAUUUUUAAAUUCUGAUAAGUAAUAUGAAAACAAAAGUAAUCAUAAAAAGUUUAAACUAUUUUCAAAGGAGUCGAAAUUAAAAGUGUAUUGAUAGCGAAUAACAAAUUUUUUAUUUAGAAGGUUUUUUCUGAAAGUGUGAUAUUUCCGAGCUCAAACAGAGUGUAGUCUCAAAAAAGUUUUUUAUUGUCUCCCAUACUUUUGUAAUUUCAAUACCUCAAUUUAUAUUUGUAACAGUUAGAUUUUUUGAACUCUAAUUAAAAUUUUAUUCGUAAUUCUUAGUAAUUACAUAAAAUCGAUUGUUUGUACAUAAUUACUUCAUUAUAAAUAUUAAAAAAAAAAAAAAAAAAAAAAAUUACAAUUAAAAACGAGGGAACAAAUUUCGUUCACGUUUAAAAAUUAUUUAUGCUUUUAUCCAAAAAAUUCAGUAUUAUCAUAACAAGAUCUGACUAUACAAAAACAAAAUAUUUGAGAUCAUUCAAAAAGCAGUAAUCUUUUGAUUUUUUUUAGUUAUAACUUAGUGUAAAGAUGAAUAGAUGGUUUUAUUAAAUCAGUUGAGUGUUUAUUGUAAAAUAUGUAGAAAGCAAUAAAUGAAAUUUUUAUAAUCAAGAUAUAUU